UAAAGGCUGGCAUGGCAGACACUUUGCUGGCUCUUCCCUUUGGCUGGCAAACAGAGUCCUGGUCGCAGGUGCCCACCCAGGGAGGCAAGCAGGACUGGAGGCUGACCAGCAGUGGAGUGGGGCACCGCUAUAUCCCCCCAUUGCCCUCCUUACCCCCCUAUGCAAGAUCUACAGUCCAUGAGCCCUUGCCUCCUGGUUCUGAGAAAGGGUUUCGAGAUGAAGUUAUUCCACGCCUGGCAACCACCGCACAACUCGCCUAUGGUCCGAAGGCCCAUGGAGGAAUACUGGCUCAUCCUCGCCACUUCGUGGCCGAUGCACACAAUAAGGUCCACUAUAUUAAAGAUCUGAAAGAGAAGCUGAAGGCGAGGGCAUGGAGGCUCCCAUUGACCAUGAGCAACCAGAAAAGCGAGACCAAGGAGCGCUACCCAGGUUGGCCCAAUCUGCCACAUGAACCCACCUUCCAUGCUGGACCCCAGCCCUUUGGAUUGGCUGCACAUCAUACAGAUGGAGCAUCCAAGUCCAUUGUGGCCAGCACACAGAAUAAAAUGAUGGCAGGCAAACCCUUCUACAUCUGUGACAAGGCAGUGCUGCGGCUGAAUGAACCAUAUGUGUCCACCACUGCUAAAGACUUCCAUCCUUUUACAAAGAAGGAACUACUUGGCUAUGCCAAAAAGGAUGCUCCCAAAUGUGUCAACUUUCCUUUGAUUCGUGAAACUGGGCCUAUGCGAGACAUCUGCCGGUUUUACAAUGCUACCCGGGUACCCCGCCUACCGCCCAACAUAACUGCGGUUCCCCACCAUGGCCUGCUCACUCAGACCCAAGAAUCCUACCAGCUUCCCAAUGAUUACAAGCGCACCUGGGACCGCUUCUGCCCAGUGGAGAGGCUGCCCACAGUCUCUUGUCGGGUGCCAGUGGUGGAGAUCAUGUCUGUGCCCCGCAUGUACGAGACAGAGUACAAGUGCUACGGAAGCGGCAAAUUCAUGCCAGUAUGAGAGGGUGGGUGCAGGUGCUGAACAAACAUUUGGGUUUGCUUCUUUUCUCUCACUGAAAAAAGCAGAAGUUUGGUAUUAUUUGUUUGUUUUCCUUUUGCUAAGGGGAAUCCAACCGCCUGACAUUUACAGCAGACCCUGCAAAUUACACUGUUCGUUUUGCAACUCUCAGAAUCCCCCACUGCCCAUGUUGGCUAGGGUAGUUAAACUCCAAAAAUAAUAACUUUGCCAAGUUCUGGUUUAGAGUAAGAAUGGGUAACCUAAGGCCUUCCUAAUAAUGUUGAACUUCAACUCUCAUCAUCUCUCACCACUGGCUAGGACUCAUGGGAAUUUUAGUCCAAUAAUUUGGAGGUCCAUAAUUUGCCUGCCACUGAUUUAGAGGCAUUCAGAAAAUGGGGCAUUUUGGGUUGCCUGAUGCAAGAAUCUGUCUGAGAUUCAAAAAUAUCUAACUGGAGUAUGUACUCAUGUGUUGUAACUUGGACUUUUAGCUUCAGGAGACUGGGACAAACAGAAAAGGCUACAAUCUUUGCACACCGGCAAGGGAAUAAGACUCAUUAAAUUCACUAGGACUAAAUAUUGAGUAAGAUCAGGCUAUAAGAAUAGGUUCAGCAAACAGAAAAGAAUCACAUAAAGGAAAUAAAUACAUAAUACUGAAGGAGAUGCCCCAUAGGGAUCUUAAGAGAGAGAUGAGGAGAGAAACUCGUUGGUCCUUAAAAUUUGUUUAUAGUGUUUUGUUGUCUAUAUAUGAGAGCUCCUUGAAGCAUCAGACAUAUUGUGUUUAGCCAGGCUAAACACAAUAGAAGAAACAUGAAUAAAUGAGACAGUUUGGGGAAGUGGUUGGGUCUGGAACUAGGACUUGUGAGGUCUAGGUUCUAGUUGCCCCAGAGCGACAAAGGUUACUGGAUGUGGGGCCUUAGGCCAGUCAUACACCUUGAGCUUAACUGCCUCACAGGGCUGUUAUGAGUCUAUAGUGGAGAGGAGGAGAGCCAUGUACACCUGCACUACUCAAAGUGUUGGUCUCUGGACUGACACCAGGCCCCAAGCUAUUGGGUUCUGGUCCCUGAUGGGUUUCCAGGAAAGAAAAGUUUUAUCCAAUGGGCACCCAAAAAAAAAUUAAUUGCAGUCCCUCACAUCAAGUGACCUGCAAAACAUUGCCAUCUCGAGUCACUGAAGGAAAAGUAGGAGGUGACACAUUAACCAAUAAAUAAAGUAGCAGGAACAGUGAUCCAUACAGGGCUGCCCAGGACAGGGAGCAAAUUGCCUUAGACCCCAUAAAAUAGGAAGUGGCAUGCUUCAACCCCUACGCAUACCACUGGUUGUGGGCCUGACCCUAUCACUACUUACCAGGACCCUACCAGACAUGCAUAUGUAUAGGUUUGCUCCAGGUCUUAUAAACCCACCAUUUUUGCUUUGCUUGCUAGGGCUGCUGAGAGUUGCUGUCUAACAUCUGGAAGGUUACAUAAUUCCCAGCCUAGCAUUAGUGUGAAAAAGAGUGCUAUCUAAAUGAAAAGGAUUUCUUACCACACUUAAAUCUCUCUCUUCCUGCAUGUAGCUCGAUUUUAUCUUCUAAACCAUGUGGGAAGCUGGUUAAGCUAAGUGGUAGUGACUUUGACUGAAAUUGUAUGUAUGUAUGUAUGUAUACUUAAGUCUUGAAAAAGCCCCAGUGAAAAAGAGUACAAUUUACUUCUGAGUAAAAAUGCUUAGGCUUACACUGUACAUGGAGAAGCCAUUCAAACUUACCAUUCAAGAGCAAACCCAUCAUUUAGAGUUGGGAAGUUGUGGUCCUUUAGAUGAUGUUGAAAUCCAGUUUCCAUUAUUCUUAGCCCAGCAUGCAGGGAUGAUAGAAACUACAGUCCAGCAUGCAAAGGGCUACAAAUUCCCCCAACUUCCCCACGUCCUUCCAGACUUAGGACUGGAAAACCCAGGUUCAAAUAUUCUGUCAGCCAUGAAGUUUUUAAUGAGUGACUGUGGAUCAGUAAUUCUCAAUGUAGCCUACCUUACAGGUUUGUUGUCAGAAUAAAAUAUAAUCAGCAGAAUAUAUAUGUUGCCUUGAACAGCUGGAAAGCUAAUGUGUAAAUGUAAAUAAAACAGCCAGCCAC